AUGGAGAAGGUACGGCAGAUGAAGGGAUGUAGGCCUCUUAAGAUCCUAAAUGCAAUAAGGGCAGAAGAUAAGGAUAACUUGUCUACCAUUUACACAAUCCACGCUUCCAAAGCAACGAUCAAGAGAACCGAAUGGGAUGGUAGAUUAAUUAUGCAACAAGCAGAGUGGUUAGCAGAAAAACUUAACUAUGCCAUGCAAACAGGAGUGGGUCCGGACGAGAAAGUGACUCAUAUUUUUCUUGCGCACCUAAGGAUGGUGGAUUUGGCUCAGUGUUUUUACCAGGUUCUCUUUAUAGAUUGCACCUACAAGAUAAACAGGUAUAACAUUCCGAUGUUGAACGUGGUUAGUCAUACUUCGGAUAAAAAUUCUUUCACCAACGUAUGGUGCUAUAUGGAAAAAGAAGAAAUAGAGGACUACGUUUGGGGUGGAACAAGAGAGGUUGAUUUACCGUGGCAAAGAGACACCGCAGGUUAUAUUUACGAAUAG